AUGCGGGCCCAUUAUCUUGCAGACCCCACAGUCAGUGAGACACACCGUCUCCCCUCGGGUGGAAGCGGGAUCGCCAUGUCGGACUCGGAGGAGCACCACUUCGAAUCAAAGGCCGACGCUGGUGCGUCCAAGACCUACCCGCAGCAGGCUGGCACCGUCCGCAAGAACGGCUUCCUCGUCAUCAAGGGCCGUCCCUGCAAGUUAGAAGGAGAUGUGGGAGUCGCGGUUGAUGCCAGACUUUGCUAUUGCCAGCCGGAGUUACUAGGACUGGGCUUUGCUUCACAGAAUAACAGUUUUCUGUGGUUGUGGAGGUUUCUACCUCAAAGACUGAUUCCGCAUGUGAACCGUACUGAGUAUCAGCUGAUUGACAUAUCAGAGGAUGGAUUUGUGAGCCUUCUUACUUCAGAUGGCAACACUAAGGAUGAUCUUAGACUCCCAACUGAUGAUACUCGUGGCCCAGUGGGCAUGUUUGACACCACUGUUAUGAUGGAAGAAAACGACUCGACGUACUUGUUGGCAAAAUCUGAUAAGAGCAACGCGUUGAGGGUGGUGGAAGAGGAUGGUCCAGGCACCGUCUUGGGACUGUUGAUCGUGGAUCUUCCUAGCAUGGGUGGGGAAAGCAAGGCAGAGGCCGCGCGGCGGCAGAUGGAGGCAGCGCUUGCUGACGAGUCAGCGAUGGACCGGUUGAGGGCCGAGUUGAGGCAUGACGAUGAGAUUCAGAGGAAGCAAGCGGAGCCAGAAGAAGAGGAUCUAGAGAUGAAAAGAUCAGACUAUGAAGCAUGGGUGGCUAGGGAGUAUUGCAGGCGGUGGAUCGCUGUAUAUUCCGCUAACUUCAGCUCAUUCGAUGACACCACAAGGCUCGGCCCCAUGCGUUUCACAGAUGAGCCUGCACCGGGUUACAGUGCCUCCCCCAUGGGCACCCUACAGGUCUUUUCAGUCAAAGUUGCAAGAAUGAAGAGGAGCCUACAGUGGCCAGUUGAUGUGUUCAGUGUCAUUGCCGCGCGUGACUGCAUUGACAACAAUCGCAAUAUUAUGUUCAGCCGCACAAGGGACAGAUGCCAAACCCUCACCGCAGAGGAUCGAUAUUUAGUACUGUCAGGUCCAACCCGUGCUGUUGUCAUGUCUCCAUUGAGAUCUGUGGAGGCCACAAUAUUUGUGCGAGUCAUUGAUGUUUCAUGGCUAGACAGUUUCCGUGGCCAAUUUUCUGCCUUUACAACUGGCCGUCGUGACAAAAAUUUCAGAAGUACUCAUCACAAGAAAAUCAUCUUACUUGACUCUGUUGUUGAGAAAUUUCAUGUCAGUGGUGAUGGCGAGAUUGAGAUGUCCUGGCCUGUUGUUUCUAUUGAAAAUAGGGGAAAUCUAAAAGUUUGCAUCAAGUAG